UCCACUUCGCCUGCGAAAGCGAAGGAAUUUCCCGCCAAGAACCUGGAAACCUGCGAAGCUGCCUGGGACCUGAACGGCUGAACCUGGAUCAAUCUGAGGCUGUUCGGGCCUGCAGGAUUUUGCCUCUCCUGACGAAGCUGAUCGCCUCCCGAGUUGGCUAGAAUCCCCCGCGCAUUCAGGAGCAAAUCGUUAGUGUUACCUUGAGAAAUCUGAUCGUUUGUUCUCUUUCUUAACUCAUCACAGCAUGGUGUUCACAUUUUGCAGAGAUGGCUUCUGAUGGUCCUCAAUGGCACUUCUGCCAGUUUUGUGGCAAGGGCUUCAAGAGAAAAAGUAAUUGGUCAGAGCAUGAGCCGCUCUGCAAGAACAAGCCCGACGCUCAGGGUGGCACAGAUAUCUUGAAUUUUCAUGUACCACGGCGAAAGCGAUCUGCGCUGCCAGAACAGCAUGUGAUGAAAGCGGAUCGGCCACCCGAAGAAGAGACAGAUGUUUUAGAUGCUCUCUUGCUUCUCAAAGAACAACCUGCCUAUCCUGGAGAAACUGAAUUUUCUGAUGAUGAGCCAGCUGCUAAUGAUCUGAGUCAGGUGCUGACAGCGUGCUCUGAUGAUAGAUCAUCUUCUGUGGAUUGUUAUGGAGGUGAUGAGAGGAGGGUCAAUGUGCAUCCCAAUGUGGUGGUGGAGACGGAUGAUCUCAGCCGAAAUGUUGGUUCUCGGGGUGUCACCAAUUCUGUUGAUGAUUCUGAUGUGAUUCAAAAGCAGAAAAGGAAGCCUGAUCUCAGUAUUGCCGAUUGCAGGGACCUUGUUGAGAUGCAACGGCAAAACAUGAAGGCUGAUAUCAAUAUUCCCGGGCACAAAGAUUCUUCUGCAAUGCAGAUGCAAAAUGAGACAAAGACUGUCAAAGAUGGUGCUGAUAUCAAUGUUCCUGAACACAGAGUUUCUUCUGUGAUGCAGAUGCAAAACGAGAAGCUUGAUCUCAGUCUGCUGCGUCACAAUAACAGUUCAGAUAACGAGGUAUCGACCCUCAGUGACAGCCCUAUGGAUGAUUCCAAUGCCCUGGUUCCAACUGAUACAAACUUGAAUAAGGAGACGAAGACUGUUGAUAUCUAUAUUCCUGAGCACAUAGUUUCUUCUGUGAUGCAGAUGCAAAACGAGAAGCCUGGUCUAGAUCUGCUGCCUCACAAUAACAGUUCAGAUAAAGAGGAAUCAACCCUCAGUAGCAGCUCUAUGAAUUAUUGCAGUACCCUGGUUCCCACUGAUAUAAAUUCAGAUAAGGAGACGAAGACAGUCAGUGGUGAUCAAAAUGCAGCAGAUGUUAUGGGCACAUUUGUUGUCAGGUAUUACAGGCGCAGGAAGAAACAGUUGCAGAACGAUCAGGAGGCGUCAACGGUGAUGCAUUUGCAAAACGAGAAACCUGGUCUAGAUCUGCUGCCUCACAAUAACAGUUCACAUAAAGAGGAAUCAACCCUCAGUGACAGCUCUGUGAAUGAUCGCAAUGCAGCAGAUGUUAGGGACACAUUUGUUGUCAGGUAUUACAGGCGCAGGAAGAAACAGUUGCAGAACGAUCAGGAGGCGUCAACGGCAACAUGGCCAGCUACAGUACCACCAGGUUUAUCUUCAGAGUCACAGAAUUUGUUUGAGUCAGCAUGGAUUACGUCUAGGCUAAAGGGAUUAGGCUGUUAAAAUCGAGUCACAGGGAUAAAUGUUAAGUCUUGGAGAUAUUCCCUUGAUCUAUAAAAGGGAGAGCAGAAAAACAAACAAGUUAGUUCAGGCGUGUUUCAGAGCCUCUUCACAUCCACCGGAAACCUGUGUUUAGCCAAUAUCCUGCACAAGAGUAGAAGUGAAGUCCCUGCUGACUCUUGCAGUGAGAAAGGAGGUCCCUGAUUCUUCUUGAAAUGAAGCCUGAGGGUGAAUUCUGAAGUGCAGCCAUGAAGGUUGGUUCAGUGUGAGCCUACAUUAUUUUGUGUUUUGUCAAAGUUUUGAUGAUUUUUUGAUUCAUCAGUCUGAAACUAAAGACUUGAUCUUCCUCUACUGGUAUAUAGUAGUUAUAGGCCUUCUCAUAAGCAACAAAUGUACAUACUUCUCCAUUCAUUCACGCUUGCUUCCAUACUGAAGCAGUGCUGUUUACUUACAUGAAAUCGAUGAACA